AUGUGUGACGAAGAAGUUGCCGCUCUUGUUGUGGACAAUGGCUCCGGUAUGUGCAAAGCCGGUUUCGCCGGAGAUGAUGCCCCACGUGCCGUCUUCCCCUCCAUUGUCGGAAGACCCCGUCAUCAAGGUGUCAUGGUCGGUAUGGGACAGAAGGACUCCUAUGUCGGAGACGAGGCCCAGUCCAAGAGAGGUAUCCUCACCUUGAAGUACCCCAUUGAGCACGGUAUCGUCACCAACUGGGAUGAUAUGGAGAAGAUCUGGCAUCACACCUUCUACAACGAACUCCGUGUUGCCCCAGAAGAGCACCCCGUCCUCUUGACUGAGGCUCCCCUCAACCCCAAGGCUAACAGAGAAAAGAUGACCCAGAUCAUGUUCGAGACCUUCAACACCCCCGCCAUGUACGUCGCCAUCCAAGCCGUCCUUUCCCUGUACGCCUCCGGUCGUACCACUGGUGUCGUCCUCGACUCCGGAGAUGGUAAGUGAAUCUGAUUGUGAGCUUAUAUGACUUUUCAGGUGUUACCCACACCGUCCCCAUCUAUGAGGGUUACGCUCUUCCCCACGCCAUCCUGCGUCUCGACUUGGCUGGCCGUGACUUGACCGAUUACUUGAUGAAGAUCCUCACUGAGCGUGGUUACUCUUUCACCACCACUGCUGAGCGUGAAAUCGUCCGUGACAUCAAGGAGAAGCUUUGCUACGUCGCCCUCGACUUCGAACAGGAGAUGGCCACCGCUGCCUCCUCUUCUUCCCUCGAGAAGUCCUAUGAACUUCCUGACGGACAGGUCAUCACCGUCGGAAACGAGCGCUUCCGUUGCCCUGAGGCUCUCUUCCAGCCUUCUUUCUUGGGUAUGGAAUCUGCCGGUAUCCACGAGACCACCUACAACUCCAUCAUGAAGUGUGACAUUGAUAUCCGUAAGGACUUGUACGCCAACACCGUCCUCUCCGGAGGUACCACCAUGUACCCAGGUAUUGCUGACCGUAUGCAGAAGGAAAUCACCGCCUUGGCCCCAUCCACCAUGAAGAUCAAGAUCAUCGCCCCACCAGAGCGCAAAUACUCCGUCUGGAUUGGAGGCUCCAUCCUCGCUUCCCUGUCCACCUUCCAACAGGUUUGUUUUUUUCAAUUUGUUUUUUUACCCUUCUUAAGUAAUAUUUUAUUCUUAUAUUUUGUUAUUGUAGAUGUGGAUCUCCAAGCAAGAGUACGACGAAUCCGGCCCAUCCAUCGUUCACCGCAAAUGUUUCUAA